CGGAAACCCGCAUACACUUUUCUCUUCAGCUUUUGUUGUUUACGUUUCCUGCCGCUAUCCUAAUAUCCACGCAUAGAACAUGAGGGCCUGGAGGUUUCUUACAGCGUUACUGCUUGCAACCGUCGCUUCGGCAUCCUACGGCGAUCGGCAGCCCGCCUUCAAAAGCUGUGUAACUGCAUGCGAGCAAACGGACUGUGCGCCAACUGCCUCUCCAUUGCCCCUGCACCUGCGUAUGCUGUUCUGGACGUGUGAAAGCAAUUGCGACUACAAGUGCCAGCGGCAACUCACGGUCGCGGCGCAAAAGCAGAACGCGCCUGUGUACCAGUAUCACGGCAAGUGGCCGUUUGUGCGGAUCUGGGGCGUGCAGGAACCAGCCAGUGUCAUCUUCAGCGUGCUGAACGGGUAUAUGCACCUGAAGAGCUGGCCGCUGGUGCGCAAUGGCAUAUCGAAACAGCACCCGAUGCGGCUAUGGCUCAGUGUCUUUGUGGUGCUCGGGACAUGGACGUGGCUGUGGUCGGCCGUGUUCCAUAUUCGCGACUUCUCGAUCACCGAGAAGCUCGAUUACUACUCGGCAGGCCUCAACGUUCUGUACAUGUUCUUCCUCGGAGUUGUGCGGCUGUUGCGGCUCAAGACCUGGCGGGAAACGCGGGUUGUAGCCGGGCUCUGCGCGGUCCCGUAUUUUAUGCAUGUCGGGUACCUGUCGUUUAUCAAGUUUGACUACCAGUACAACAUGCUGGCGAAUGCCAUCGUCGGCCUGAUGAGCAAUGUGGCAUGGUUCGUGGUGACGUACCAGGCGUACCACCACCGUAACAAGCAGUGGUGGAAGCCCGCAGUUCUGAUUCUCUUGACUGAUGCCGCCUUUAGCCUCGAGGCCUUCGACUUCCCGCCAUUCCUAGACUCGUUCGACGCGCACUCGCUGUGGCAUGGAGCCACCAUCCUGCUUGUGCCUGAAUGGUACGAUUUCCUAAUCAAGGAUGCCCGUAGAAGCAAAACUAAGCAAGCAUGA